AUGUUUAGCAAAGACACGAAAAAGACACCUGAUAAUAGGUCGUCGUCACCAUAUCUUUCCGAAAACGACCCAGAAGACCCUCAGAUCCUCAAUCCUACCAUCUCCAAUACAAAUGCGCCUCCUCCAGUUUUUGAUCCAGAUACUUUCAAUCCUCCAGACGGCGGGUUUCGUGCAUGGUCUCAGGUUUUUGCUGUUAUCCUCAUUAAUGCUCUGGCAUGGGGCUAUCCAGCCUCUUUCGGCGUUUACCAGCUUCAUUAUGAGGAGUCUCUUGGCCUACCGUCGUCACAGAUUUCGUGGAUCGGCUCCUGUCAGACUUUCUUGACUUUCGCUUUCUGCGCUCCGGCCGGUCGUCUUGCCGAUGCUGGAUAUACCAGAGAGACUGUCGCCCUUGGAAGCUUCUUGGCCAUUCUUGGGACAUUUAUGACAAGUCUAUGUAAGCAGUAUUGGCAGAUAUUUCUCGCCCAGGGUGUUUGCACAGGAAUUGGCCUCGCUCUGCUCUUCAUGCCUGCUGUGACUGUUCUGGGCUCAUAUUUCAAGGCGAAGAAGGCCUUUGCUCUCGCGCUUGGUGCCACGGGGACUGGCUUGGGAUCCAUUAUCUUCCCUGCAACAUUGCAAUAUCUCAUUCCGCAGAUUGGAUUCCCGUGGGCUGUUAGAUGUGCUGCUUUCGUUGCUCUCUUUAUGAUUGUCGUUGCCAAUAUCAUGCUGAAGCCAUACCUGCCCCCAAGGAAAACAGGUCCAUUGAUGGAAUGGGAUGCGUUCAAGGAACUUCCCUUCGUCUUGUUCGUUCUGGGCGCCUUCCUGAACUUUUACGCCUUGUACUUUGGUUUCUUUUAUAUCAACGUUUAUGCACGCAACGUGAUUGGAUUCUCAUCUGUUGAAGCUGUCAGCCUGUUGCUAAUUGUCAACGCCAUGAGUAUUCCUGCACGCCCUAUAAUGGGAUACCUCGCAGAUAAUGUCCUGGGACCUAUAAAUACGUUCAUCAUCGGUUUGUUUGCGUUGAGCAUCAUGUUGUAUUGCUGGAUAGGUGUCAAGACUGCUGCGGGCAUGUAUGUGUUUUGUGUGUUCUUUGGAUUCGCGAACGGUGCGUGUCAGGGAACGUUCGUUGGAGCAAACGCGAGCUUGACAAAGGACCCUCGUAAGAUGGGAACUCGUUUCGGUAUGGUUCAGACAAUUUCUGCUUUUGCAAGUCUGGCUGGGCCACCAACCGCCGGCGCCAUUCUCGAUACUUCCAACGGGAACUUUACUUAUGCACAGAUUUGGGGCGGAACCGUGUUCUUCUUUGCUACUGUUGUAGUUACGGGGUCUCGAAUUGCAUCGACAGGAUGGGUAUUAUUGAAAAAGAAAUAA